GGCGCGUCGGGGCGGGGCGCGGAGCCUCAGCCCAGCCCAGGCCCGCGCGCGUUUCCGGACUCGCGACGCCUGGAGGCCGGGAGCUCACCUUUCGGAGCGGCCAGGUCCCAGCAGCUGGGGUCUCCCCUCAGCCCUUGAGCGGCCAUGUCCAACCCCAGCGCCCCACCUCCAUAUGAGGACCGCAACCCCCUGUACCCUGGCCCUCCUCCGCAGGGGGGCUAUGGGCAGCCGUCUGUCCUGCCUGGCGGGUAUCCUGCCUACCCUGCCUACCCACAGCCUGGCUACGGUCACCCUGCUGGCUACCCACAACCUAUGCCCCCCAUCCACCCGAUGCCCAUGAACUACGGCCCAGGCUAUGACGGGGAGGAGAGAGCAGUGAGUGACAACUUCGGGCCUGGAGAGUGGGAUGACGUGAAAGUCCGACACAGCUUCAUCCGAAAGGUUUACACCAUCAUCUCCAUCCAGCUGCUCAUCACAGUGGCCAUCAUCGCUAUCUUCACCUUUGUGCAACCAGUCGGUGACUUUGUGAGGAGAAACCAGGCCAUCUACUACGCGUCCUAUGCUGUCUUCCUGGCUACCUACUUGACCCUUGCCUGCUGCGAGGGACCCAGACGCCGUUUCCCGUGGAACAUCAUCCUGCUGGCCAUCUUUACUCUUGCCAUGGGCUACAUGACGGGCUGCAUUUCCAGUUUUUAUAACACCAAAGCCGUCAUCAUUGCGAUGAUCAUCACUGCUGUGGUGUCCAUCUCCGUCACCAUCUUCUGCUUCCAGACCAAGGUGGACUUCACCUCAUGCACAGGCCUCUUCUGUGUCCUGGGGAUUGUGAUGAUGGUGACUGGGAUUGUCAGUGCCAUUGUGUUGGCCUUCAAAUAUAUUUACUGGGUCCAUAUGGUCUAUGCGGCCCUGGGGGCCAUUUGCUUCACCUUGUUCCUGGCUUACGACACGCAGCUGGUCCUGGGGAACCGGAAGCACACCAUCAGCCCGGAGGACUACAUCACUGGCGCCCUGCAGAUCUACACAGACAUCGUCUACAUCUUCACCUUUGUGCUGCAGCUGGUGGGGAGUCGCGAUUAAGGAGCACCCCCAGUUCUACUCCACCCUGGGCUCUCUCAUUUCCAGAGGGCUGGGCCCUAUGACCUUCCCCUCAAGUAAUAUGCCCAGUUUCCUUUCUGUCCUGGGGUGGGUGGCCUCUCUGGCUAUGGAUGUGCAAGUGCCACCUGGUUAGGCUGGAGGAAUUGGGGACGAACUCUUGCCCUUGGUGGGCUUGGCAGGUACUAGGCCAAAGAUGUGCCUUUUACCUCCACCCACUCUGUGGCUCCAGAUUCUUAACAGCUGGGGCUGGAGGGGGCAGGGAUGAAAAAAGCCUGGUCUAUAGCUAGAAGGGAAUGAGGUAGAAGCAACUUCAAGGUGAUGAGGUUUGUCCUCCCACCUCUGCCAUAGACUCUGGGCUACGUAGCUGGAGCUGUUUCCUCCCUCAACCCCCAACAGAGCCGGAGAAAUCUGUCCCCAGCCUCCUGGACUCAUAGGCCAUUAUCUGUAUUCCUUUGGCAAACCUUGGCGCUUCCCAGCUCAGGAAGAUUGAAGAGAUCUGUGCCCGUGGGUCCCCCUUGAUUCAACCCCUUUUCUUUUGAUGGCAUGUAUAUACUGUUUAUCUGGGUUGGGGGUGGGGGAGGAAGAAGAGAGCAAGCAAAGCCAGGUACGGGGGCCAGCACUGAGCAGCAUCUUCCCUGGGCUUCCUCAUGGCUGCGGUGGUGGCAGAGAGCAGGCCCGCUGAAGCCAUCAGGUCCCCAUUCUCCAAAGCUGCCUAGGGCCUCCCGGGUGCUUCUGAGAUCUCUGGUGAGGGGGAUCUCUUGCUUCCUGUGCUCAGGCUGCUCAAAGCAGAAAGUGAGGGGCAAAGGUCAGGGGAUGGGGUGGUUUGGAGGAUCCUAAGUGUGGCCAGAAAGUAACCAGGAUGAAGAGAUUGGGUUAGAAGCAGAGAAAAUGCCUUGGGGUCCCCCACCUGGUCUGAGAUAUGGAAGCCUACUGUGGCAUCCAUGAAAGCUUAUGUGUUCUUUCCUUCUGCUAACCUUGGGGAGGGCCCUGAGAGGAAGGAGACUUCCCCUCUCAGUUUGUUCUUAACGCUCACUGGGGAAUUUUAUACUCAAAUCUCAUUUCUCCAGCCAGCUACUGCUUUCCUUGUGACUCUUAAGUGCCUCAAGCUGGAAGGGAGAAAAGGGACAGGGGUCACUCUAUCGGGUGGGGGUGAAAACCAAGUCAGCCCAAGGCUAUAAGUAGGACUUCUCUACUAAGUCCUGGUCCUAAGUAUAUCACACAAACGGACAUAACUAGAAAUGUAAUAAAGUUUUAUGUUUAGAAGUUAAAA